GGAAAUCUAUACGAUCUACCAAUGGAAAGUAAGCGGAACUUGAAUUUCUUGGAACAGAAGUCUACUUAACAUCCUUAAUCAUAUGCAUUAACUUUUAAGAUCUUCAUUGGUUUCUUGUGGCGCAAUGAAUUCAUUAUCUUUCAUUGUGCUAAUUUGCUUAUUGAUUAUACCUUGUCUCAAAGCGCAGACAUUCUAUUUGACAGCUCCUAGCACUCUUCGAUUGGAUUCUGAUGAAACAAUUGCUAUUGCAGUUGAAGGCAAAGAUGGAGCCUUGGUCAAUGUUUACAUCCAAGAUUUUCCAGGGAAGAUAAAAAAUAUAACACAAACUGUUUUGGAAGUUUGGCCAGGAAGACCUGAAAUUUUUAAAAUAAAUUUGAAUCCUGCUGCUUUUCCUGCUGAUUUCUUUAAAACGAAUCCUACAUCUGAGAAAUAUGUCAGCCUUAUAGUUAACAGUCAACAGUUUCAGAAAGAAAUCCAGAUUCCAAUAACUAAUAAAGCUGGAUAUGUAUUCAUUCAGACCGACAAACCAAUAUAUACUCCAAAGCAAAAAACAGCACACAUUCGAAUCAUUCCCCUUAAUGAGGAUGCAUUGCCAUCAAACAAACCUUUUAAGUUGCAAAUCAGAAAUCCACAAAAUGUUGUUGUAGAAGAAACAUUCUUUGACAGAAAAUCUAGAAGAUCACAGAAAGUAUUCAUAUCUCAUAUUUAUAAAUUUCCAACUUUUCCUGUUUUGGGUGAGUGGGCUGCUACUGUCAAUUAUGGCCAUGAGUUGCAACAAAAUUCCACUGUGCAUUUUGAGUUGCAGGAAUAUGUUUUGCCAACUUUUACUGUGGAUCUUAAAGCACCUGAAGUUAUUCUUGAAAGUGAUGAAACUAUUACUGCUUCAGUCCAAGCUAAAUUUGUGUAUGGAAAGAAAGUGAAUGGUUUGGUAACAUUUCGACUUGGAGUAAAACAAAUGAUGGCUGCCAAACAGGUUUUCUUUGCUGUAAUUGGUCCUAAAGAGCUUGAUGAUGGUUCCUACACAUUGAGAUUAGAUACUAAAAAUUUAGCUCACCAUAAGGAUAUUGGAUGGUUUCCUGAAAUAGAAGGUUCCCAUUUAGUCGUUGAAGCUACCGUAGUGGAUAAUGCUAGUGGUAACAAAGAAGUUGCAACAGACUCUCGAGGAAUAUUUGCGAAAUCCCCAUUCAGUAUAUCUUUCAAAAGAUGCCUACAAGAUUUCAAACCUGGUCUUGUAUCAGUUUUUGAGGCAGAUAUAAAUUUUGUUGAUGGAAGACCUGCAGUUGGUGUCCCCACAAUUUUGAGAGCUGUUGCCAAAAGUAAUAAGGACAACUCAAAAGAGUUGAAAGUCACUCAAACAAAUGCCGUUAGUGAUGAUGAAGGAAAAGUUUCUUUCGAAUUACAACCGGAAAUUCAUCACGAGACUGUAUCCAUAACGAUUGAAACAGAUGAUCCGCGAUACGUUGGAAACCAGGCUGUCGGCCAUUUUGAGCAACAUAAGUUUAAAUCAACAAAUGAAGCAUAUGUUGCCAUAGAAAGAAGUAGUUCUCAAAAACUCAAGGUUGACGAUAUGUUUGUUAAAGUUGUUCAUUUUGAGCCUGGUGAAAUUCAGAAUACCUAUUAUACUGUUUCGGCGAAAGGCAAAAUCAUAUUACAGAAACCUUUUCAGCAAGGCCAAGUGAAAGUGCAGCGUGUCGAAUUUGUAAUUACUCAAGAUAUGGUACCUAAUUUUAGGCUUACAGUUUUCGCACAUUACAAGGACGAAUUAUUAGUAGAUUCUUUGAAUAUUGAUGUUGAAAAUACUUGCAAUAAAAAUGCUGAGGUCUCUAUAGUGCCAGAAUUUGAUGUGAAGGAACCUGGUAAUAACGGUAAGAUAGUGAUCCGAGGAACGAAAGCUACUUUAGUUGGUCUUCUGGGAGUCGACGAAGCUGUUUACGCAUUAUCAAAGAAAGAUCUUCUCACUAGAUCUAAGGUGUUUAAAGAAUUGGCUAAACAUGAUUUAGGUUGUGGACCGGGAGGUGGUAUAGACUCAGACAAAGUCUUGGCUAAUGCUGGUUUGAUAAUGGCAUCCAAUGUUCACAAUCCCUCGUCAACAACGUCUUCUUGUGUUGCUAUUAAAAGAAGGAAAAGAGAAAUUGGAUCUGAAAUAUUGAGUGACUAUUCUGGGCUGGCUAAAGAAUGCUGCUCUCUUGGAAUGAGUCAUGAUUCCCAAAAUAGAGAUUGUGAAACUAGAACUAACAUAGUUGUGCGACAAUUGAAAGGGGAACAUUCAAAUUGUUCUAGAGCCUUUUUGGAAUGCUGUCAGAAAGCAAAAGAAAGAGGAUUCACAGAAAUGAAAGCAAUGAAAGCUGGAAUGCAUUUAGCUAGAAUGGGUGCAAUAGGAAUAGAUGAGCCAAACUUUGUGUCUCUAGACGAAGAAGAGUUCUUCGAGAAAGGAUUAAUGGUCAGGAGCGAUUUUAGAGAAACUUGGUUUGCGGAAGAUAUUAUUAUUGGACCAGAUAAUCAAGAAGUGUUUGACGUGAGCUUGCCGCAUAGUAUCACAACUUGGGCCAUACAAGCGGUGUCUGUUUCACCCAACUAUGGAAUAUGUGUGGCCGAACCACAGAAAAUAGUUUCUACGAAGAAAGUAUUUCUACAGUUGAAUCUCCCGUAUUCUGUUGUGAGAAAUGAACAAACCGAAGUGCAGGCAACUCUGUUUAAUUAUGGUACAAAGAAAUUGGCAGCUGUUGUUUACAUGUAUGGAGUGAAGGAUGUAUGCAGCGGGGCCAAUGAAGGAGAAAAAAGUGAGCGCAAAAGAUUGAUUGUUGAUCCACAAUCAGCAAUGACUACAACAUUUCCAGUGAUUCCCCUCAAAGAAGGAAUGUUCAAUUUAAAAGUUGUUGCCUUGAGUCCUGAAGGCAGUGAUGUUAUUUUAAAAACACUGAAUGUUAUCCCUGAAGGUUACCUUGUUGAAGUCGAUAUUCCAAUCAAACUAGAUCCAACAAAUCAGCAACGAAGAGCCAAAAGACAUAUUACAAAUGAUCUCUUUUCUGAUUCCAUUGAUACGUCUCAGAAUCUACAAGUGACUGCUAUAAAACUUCCCGUUCCAAAAGAUUUCGUUCCUGGAACAGAAAGUUGCACUAUAACUGCAUUAGUUAAUUAUAUAAUUUAUGCGUUAUUUCUAGGUUACGGUAAUCAGUUAUCGUAUAGGAAAGAUGAUGGCUCUUAUUCAGCUUGGAAUGGCAAACCUACAAGUACAUGGUUAACUGCUUUUGUUAUGAAAGUUUUCUGUCAAGCUAAUAAAAUGGUUCAUAUCGAUGAAGAUGUAUUAUGCAGUGGCGUGAAAUGGUUGGUAAGCCAACAACAACCAGAUGGUUCAUUUGUAGAAAAUAAUCCUGUCUAUCACAUCGAAAUGACCGGUGGUGUACAAGGAAGUAUUCCGAUGACCGCUUUCGUUCUCAUUGCUCUCGAAGAAUGCGAAUGUGAUAUUGGAAAUCUUCUUAUAACAAAGAAGAGAGCCGUGGCUUAUCUUGAAGAUCAUUUAGGAGAAGUAAACGAUCCACUUCCAAUUGCUGUAGUUGCCUAUGCCUUAACACUGGGUGAAAGUGCAUUAAAACAAGCUGCUUAUGAUAGAGUGGUAUCCAUAGCAAACUACAAUGAAGAUAAAAAUGAGAUGCACCUGGGAUCGGGUGAAACAGCUGAAAAUAUUGAAGCUACUGCAUAUGCAUUGCUGAAUCUACUACUUUUUGAUGAUCUUACUCGCGGCAAUUCUAUUGUUAAUUGGCUUAAUACUCAACGGUUACAAUCUGGAUCUUUCAAAUCUACCCAAGAUACCGUAGUAGCCUUACAAGCUUUAUCAGAAUAUGCCAUGAGGGCUCAACUGCCCUCAGUUAACCUUGUAGCGAACAUUUCAUCGAGUAACGACAGAAACUUUCAUAAAGUUCUUAGUUUUACUGAACAAAAUGCGCACAUUUUACAAGAUAUCAAAGUUAAUAAAAUCGGAGGAAUGCUGUUUGUAAAUACUGGUGGACAUGGAAUCGGAUCACUAUCUGUGAAAUUGCGAUAUAAUGUUCUUCAUUCUGCCGAAAAAAUGUGCAAAUUUGACGUGUCAGUCAAUGCUACAGAAAUUAAGAAAGAAAAGAGAGUUCCAUUAGUUUUAAAUCCUAAAGGAAAAGAUUUGUUUGAACGUUUUCCUCCUGAUCUCAUUAGAGGAGUUCAAGAAGCUUUGGAUCUCAAAGAUGACGUACCGGUUAUAGCCGUUGAUCCAAGAAACAGAAAACAACCUUUAGUUGGAGAUCGUGAAGCUUUGAUAGAAAAAGUAAGAAAUAAAAGAGAAAAUCAGAUGGAUAAACUUCAAAAUAGCAAGUUGAUGUUAAAAGUUUUAAUUUGCGUCAGAUAUUUAGGAUCAAAUCCAGUUGGUAUGAGUAUCGUUGAUGUUGGAAUAUUUUCUGGAUUUCAACCAAACAGAGAUGACUUGAUAGAGUUGCAAGAAGAUCCUAAUCACUUGAUUGAAAGAUAUGAAAUUUCAAGUAAAGGAGUCGUGUUCUACCUGAAAACGGUUCCUUCUAGAGAGAAUUAUUGCUUUGAUUUUCAUGUGACUAGAGAAUAUAUGGUUGGAAAAACUCAAGCAAGCAUUGUAAAAGUAUAUGAUUAUUAUAAUCCAGAUGAAGCAUGCAGUGCGUUUUAUGGUCCUGGUAAUAACAGUCCUUUGUUACAUACUCUUUGUGAUGGUGGAGUCUGCCAAUGCGCUGAAGGUGGUUGUCCUCCUCAACAUCCAUUUGAAGAGGUAAAAAAAUAUAAUGAUCCAUCUGAAAUACGGGAUAAGUUAAGGGAUAUAGCUUGUGAUAAUUACGAUUAUGUGUGGAAGGGAAAGUUAGAUGGCGAAAUCAAGAAAGAAAAUGGCUUUCUAAACAUAUCUUUUGUUGUCGAAGAAGUAAUUAAAGAAGGGAUUGAAAAAGCUGAGUUGAUUGAAGGAGACAUUCGAUCUUUCUUAUCUAGGGAUGUGUGUGAUUCUGCUAAACUUUUCCCUCAACAGACGUAUUUAAUAAUGGGAAUGGAUGGGCAGAAAUAUAAAAAUGAACAUGGACAAAUCUGGCAUAGGUACUUAUUGGACAAGAAAAGUGCCAUUCAUUUGUGGACAUUAAUUAAAGAAGCCAAAGAUAAGCCUUUGCAGCGCGCGUUGAACCAUGUUGUGAGGAAAUUAAAAUCCGAAGGAUGUGCUCAGUGAAUUUUUUACAGUUUUGUGCUACUUUUAAUCCAUUUUUGUAAACAUGUUCUUUUAAGAAAUAAAUGUUAUCUAAAACUUU